AUGGCUGCGGCGAGGUCUGGAACGGGCGGCGGCAGCCCCAAGAAAAGCGCUGGCAGCAGCAACAAGAGGAAGCCUCGACAUGCUUCUUCAAGUGCAACAAGCUCGCCGCGCGGCGCGAAGAGGAGGCUCAGCUCAGGCCCCGAGGGUGGUCCUGCCGCGAGUCCUGGGACGGUGCCAUGGGGCACCGGUGCUGCGGAAGGGGUGGGGGGAAGAGGCCGGGGUCAGGCGUCUGCCGGAGGGAGGGGGGCAGCCGUGUCAGCAGGAGCUGGGAGAGGGGGAAGGGGCACUAUCGCAAGAGGGCUGCACGAUAGGCGGCCGUACACCCCUCGACCCAAGAGCUUCGGCGAGGUACCUGAGGACCAGCUGCAGGUUUCCUUCACGAGGGCAUCAGGGGCGGGCGGGCAGAACGUGAACAAGGUUAGCACGAAGGUGGAGAUGCGCUUCGUUGUUUCGGAGGCAGAAUGGUUGCCGUAUGACGUGCGACUGCGGCUGGCGCGUCAGGAGAAAGGAAGGAUGAACAACAAGGGGGAAUUGGUCGUGACGGCCCAAGAGUUCAGGACGCAGAAGCAAAACCGAUCCCAGGCGCUUGCAAAGCUGCGAGAGAUGAUCAACGAGGCGUGGGAGCCGGCGAAGGAGAGGAAGAUGCGCACCGGCAUCAGCAAGAAAGGGAAAGCCAUCCGCAAGCAAGAUAAACUACACAGAUCGAAGGUCAAGGCUGGCCGCAGCAAGCUGAGCUCGAGGGAUUACGAUUAGUCUUUGUCUCAGGUGGCUGCAUCAAUCUCAUCUCAAGAGAUCUGUGGCGUCAGCUGGUCUCGGGCGGGCGUAGUUAUUGCACGCCCAGGUUGACGAUGUCGACCAAGAUUGUCUUAUGGCUCGAGAAAGUGGGGUUCACGUUUCUUCGCUCGAGAAAGUGGGGUUCACGUUUCUUCGGACUGCUUUAGAUUUGUACGGUACCAUUAUGUGUCUGGUUUUGUGUCCGAAAUAUGUGUACAUACUCGACGAUGUGAUACUUGGCGCACGGUUCAAUCCAAGAUCAUGUGCAUUUUCGGAGAAAAACUGUUUAGCAUGUGGAUGGUGAGUUUUAAGCCACUAUAUAUUUUGCUGAGAUGGAUGCGCGCGGUACACAAGAGUUGCUGAAAUGGUUCAGUUCGUAUAUUCUCGUGCCACGUUCUGUUUCUAGGUCAUGGGUUCGAGCCGUUUGGAAAUAAAAACUCGCAAAUCAGACGCGUAAAAAGCAUUCUAGUUCUAGCCAUGAGUUACCUGCAACAAAGAGAGAAAGAGACUGCUGAGCCCAAAAUUGAACGCAAGGACCGUAGGUGAUUGAGAAUUAUUCUUUGAGUGACCCCGGCUGUUGCGUCGAACAUGUACCAAGGUGCAUCUGCCUCCCGGAAUAGAUGUGUCUAGAUGGGACGGAAAACGUU